UACCUAAACUGAAAUCCAUACCUAAACUGAAAUCCAUACCUACGUAAAAACUUCAUACUUCUCCUUUCCAGAGCUUCGAUUUUCAGAGGAAACAUGGAUGGAAUUUUUGGUGUGAUCGAUGACAACUUUAAAGUGUCCAUAGUGGAUUCAACCAUGAUGUGGAUUGUGCAUCGUGCUAUGGACAAAGCUCACGAAAGAGUCAAGUCUGGAGAAGGCGUUAUAGAAAGAUUACAUGAGAUAUCAAAAUUCUACGAGUUGUCUGUAAUGCAAUUGGAUGGGUGUAUCAAGUUUGUUCAAGAAGAAACGGACAGUCACAAUCCGGAGAGCAGUCAUGAAGAAGUGCUUGCAGGCUUGGCCGAAAUAAGAAACCGCCUUCAACGACGUCUGUAUGAAUCGGAGCUGGCUAUCCUACAAAAAGAUAGGGAGUUGGCAGAUAGAUUUGUGAGCGAGUCGAAGUUAAGGCAGGCAUUGGAAUUUACGGAAAAGGAAUUAGUUUCUUCACAGGAAGAUCUUGAGCAAGCAAGAUCAAGGAGUGCCGGAAGUUCCAACCUUAGCCCUCAUGAAGGUGAGGAUGACAAUAGAGAUGGAGAAUUUUGUGAACUAAAAGACUCGGUGGACCGACAGGUUUGGAAGAUCAGAGAAAAACUCGAGUUUGAUGAUUAUGAGCCUAAGGUGAAGAACAGACGGAAUCAUUGUAUUAACGAUGUAAAAGUUGAAGAGAUGGGAUCAGACAUUGAUAUUUUGAAGGAAACUCUUGACAUUGCGUUUGGAAAGAUGCAGAGUGCCAUUUUCUGUUCCGACAUGGGACCAAUAGAGCAGCAAGUAAAAUCAAGUAUUGAGAAUGAUAUAAUAUCACUAUGUCUUAAUGGAUUUGUGAGGGAUUGCCAAGAGGAUUUGGAAGCAGAAGCGAGAAAAAAAGAGAACCAAGUUUCAGUUUCCUUUAAUGAACAUUGGUCAUAUUUAAUGAAUGAAGCCAUAGGUUUGUGUGAGGAGCUCAAGCCUCUCAUUAGCCAAAAUGAAAUACAGCCCCAAAAAGAAGAAGAGAAGAGUUUCCAGGUAGAUCUAGAUGGUAGAUUUUCAGAAUAUGGGAUAAACAGGGAUGAAAACGAGCUAGAAGAGAAGGGGAGGCAUGAUGUUGCUAAAAUGGUCAAGAACCAAGCAGAAGAACUGGCUCUUUUGAGGCAAGAAAUGCUUCGAGAGGAAAGUCGUGAAAGCUUGAAAAGUAGGUUCCAAGAAGUACUAGAAAAACUAGAGAAUUUAAAGAUUUUGAAUGCUCGGAUUAACAAAAUUUUAGGCCAAAAUUGGGAUUUUGAUGAAGAAGACAUUCCUCCAGAAGAUGGGAAGCAAAUAUUUACAGAAAAUCAUAGACAGAAAUCAGAUGUUGGUACUUUGGCAGACAUCUGGGGCAAGAUGCAUCAACUGCGGAAUGAAGAAAACAGAGGAAUACAAAACCAAAUCUGCAUGCCAACGCACCAGAGAGAGGACAUAAAAUUUCAAAACAUAAUGACGGAAGAAAUUUACACCACUUUAUUCCGAGGGUUGAGAGAAAAGUUUUGUAAUGAUUUGAGUCGCUGGGAAUUGGAGAUACUGAUUUCUGAUGGUAUAUGCAGAAUUUUCAUUAGGGAUAUGUUCGAUCAGUUGGAUGAAACCAUGGAAAGUUACAGCAUUGAAGCCCAAAUUAAAGAUGAUAUAUAUCAUAUUUUCUUCAUGGAGGCAAUGAAAGGAUACAGAUUGCAGGAUGUGAAGGACGAAAACCUCUAUCUGGAAGGUUUGACAUCUGAUAAUAACCCUUCUCGAUGUUUGGAAUACGAAACAAGGCAGGAAAUUUAUGGAAUCCCCUUUACGGUAAUGCUGAAGGAAUGGCAUAGAAACAUAAUAGAACAUACAUCUGAAAUACUUCUUAGAGAAGAGAUAUCUUGGUUCGUCUUGAGUGAGACAAUCAAAAGCAUCUGUUACAAAGUCAACCAUUGUCCACAUACCAAAUUCUUCAACGACUUUCUUCCCCAAAUUACAAUUAAAGAAGAUGUCUGCUCAAUUUUCUUGAGGGAAAUGGUUACGGAAUGGGAGGACACGAUAGAGGCGUCUAACUUGGAAACUUUAAUCAGGGAAGAAAUUUAUUGGACUAUGCUUGAUGAGGCAAAAAGUGAAGUCUGCGACAGAGAAAAGAAUAUUGAUGUCCCAACUCAGGAUAGUGACGUUACAGAAAUUACAUCAUCUAGGAAAACACUAGGUGAAGGCACAGAGAUUGGUCCGGGAAGUUUCUGUCAGAAACUAAGUUUGCUUUCAGAAGGCAUUGAAGUAGUGGAAAACUUGGUGCUCAGUGCAAGUCUUGAGAUAAUGGAUUGUAAUAGUAAAGCUACCUCCGUAGAGUUGAAAGACAUUCAAUGCGUUCUCAAUUCUUUGAGUAAUAAGCUAGAGAAAACUAUGAUGCAGUUCAAUAACAAGUUGUUUGUGGGCGAGUUGAAACCUAGCUUAGAAACUAUAGUUGAUGAAGCGAACAAAGUUUCUGAAAUUUCUCCGGUUUUGGAAAAUGUACCAGAUACGAAGCUCUUGUUAUCAGAACUUCAUAAUAUGAAGCUAAGAAAGUCAGAUUCUAAGUGCCUAAAACUUCUGGAGUUUCCACAUAUAUUUUAUGAUUUCGAGCUGAUGGCAAAUAAAAAGUUGGGACAAUUGACGAUGAGAUUGGAAGAAAUGAAGCAUACUUUGUAUCCACUUCCUCAAGUCAUGGCUUCUCUGCGAGAAAGUGAAUCACUUUAUAAGAAGGCUUUCAUCAGAAGAUGCCAAAAUCUCAGAAAAGCUGAAAAUGAGGUGGAUCUUCUAGGGGAUCAAGUGGAUAUACUUCUUAGAUUGAUUGAGAAAGUAUACUUGAUUCUGAAUCAACAAUCACCGGUUUUGCAGCAAUAUUCUGAUGUCUCAGAAAUUCUCAGGUUGAUCAAGGAGCAGGUAGCAGUACUUAGUACACCACCUAAAAAAUUAGAUACAAGCUCUGAUGUUUAACCCUAUUCUUUUUAUCUGUUUUAGGCCCAAAGGAAAUUGUUCUAUAGGAUUUAUUUAGUUGUAGAUCUUUCAGCAACAACGAAACUGCUAACUAACAAAAUUUGGUGGUAUAGGUAAACCAAAAUUUCAAGUACAUACUUCCGGGAACGCAAAAGGUUCACUUUCAAAAA